AGUGUUCUUCCCACAGCGUCUUGAUUCCCCCGUUUCUCGACUGUGCUGCUCUCUCGCUCUCUCUCUAGGCUUCCCACAGUCCUCAAUGAGUCGUUUCAAAGAGGAAGAAAUUGGAACUCGUCUUCGAAAUGGGGAGUCAGCGCCACCGCCGCCCACUUCCAAUGCGGUUAUGCACGCACAAGCUGCCUCAAGCAACUCCUGCCAACCUCAUUUAGCUGAACAACAGAAAAACGGCAAGAGGACGAGUGAUAUGACUCUAGAAGAGAUGUACUACAACAGCCAAUAUGAUUUUGAAGAUGACGAGGACGAGGACAGUGAUUGGGAGCCUUCGACCUUGCCAGCCCAUGAUGUUAUGGAAAUUCCGAAGUGGUUUUGCCUAAAUUGCACUAUGCUUAAUAUUGGGGAUGACUCUCACUGCGACGUGUGUGGGGAACAUAGAGAAUCUGGAAUCCUAAAGCAUGGGUUUGUGGCUUCCGCCUCAUGUCGAGAAGGUGCUACUGAGAAUGGUGUACAUGUAGCUGAUGGACUACAAGAUCCUCUAGUGCAAAGUAUUGCAUCAGAUAACCCUACUGCCAUAGGCUUUGACGAGAGAAUGCUCCUUCACGAAGAAGUUGUAAUGAAGUCUCAUCCCCAUCCUGAGAGGCCUGAUCGAAUUCGAGCUAUUGCUGCCAGUCUUGCGACUAAAGGUAUAUUUCCAGGAAGGUGCCACCCAAUCUCAGCAAGGGAAAUUACUCAAGCAGAGCUCCUUAAGGUCCACUCCGUCGAGAAUGUUGAAGCUGUUGAAAUCACUAGCCGUGUUUUCUCUAGCUACUUCACACCUGAUACAUAUGCAAAUCAGUAUUCAGCAACUGCCGCCCGGCUUGCUGCAGGCUUAUGUUUUGAUCUUGCUUCAGCUAUAUGGUCUGGACGUGCCAAAAAUGGAUUUGCUUUGGUUCGUCCUCCUGGUCAUCAUGCUGGAGUUAAACAUGCUAUGGGUUUUUGCCUUCACAAUAAUGCAGCACUUGCUGUGUCAGCAGCUAAGAAUGCAGGAGCUAAGAAGAUUUUAAUCAUUGACUGGGAUGUACAUCAUGGCAACGGCACACAAGAGAUAUUUGACAAAGAUAAAUCGGUUUUGUAUAUAUCUUUGCAUAGGCAUGAAGGUGGAAAGUUCUAUCCUGGUACUGGAUCUGCUUAUGAGAUUGGAUCAAUGGGUGCUGAGGGAUAUUGUGUAAAUAUCCCAUGGGGUCGCGGAGGAGUUGGUGACAAUGACUAUAUUUUUGCAUUUCAGCAUGUUGUGCUUCCUAUAGCUGCUGAGUUUGACCCAGAUUUUACGAUAAUUUCUGCUGGAUUUGAUGCUGCACGGGGUGACCCACUUGGUGGAUGCGAUGUUACCCCUGCUGGCUAUGCACAGAUGACACAGAUGUGCUGUGCCCUAUCUGGUGGAAAAGUACUGGUCAUCCUUGAGGGAGGCUAUAAUCUUCGGUCAAUAUCAUCAUCAGCAACUGCAGUUAUUGAGGUCCUACUUGGAGAAAGUCCAAAGCAGAAUGUGGUGCAAGUUAUACCUAGUAAGGCUGGAGUUCGAGCUGUUCUUGAAGUUCUAAAGAUUCAAUUGAAUUAUUGGUCUUCACUAGAAUCCAAAUUUACAAAGUUGCAAUCAGAAUGGGGAUGGUAUACCCUGGAAGACAAAAGUGCAGGCAAACUGAAGAAAAAGAAGAGAUUGGAAAAACAAUUACCAGUCUGGUGGAAGUGGGGGCGGAGAAGGUGGAUGUACAAACUGUGGUGCAAGAAGAAGAUUUUGUAACUACAUUACUCUAUCCCCCCUUACCUUUUGUACUAUUUAAUCUCUACGCUGCUAAGUUAUUGGAGAAUUUAGGUUUUCUUUUUUUAACUAGUGACUCAAAAACUAGUGUCAGUGGUUCUAAUUUAUCAGCAGUAGUAGUAGUAGUAGUUUCUGUAUGUUAAUGUAUGGUGCCACAAGACACAAUGUACGAAUCUGGAUGUUGCAUUUCUCGGAGCCCUUCCAUUGCUAAAUUUUAACAUCGGCUCGAUAUUUCCUCUA